UCUCGGAUGCUGCUUCUUCAAUCCACAUUACCUCCACACUGCUCUGCCUUUCGGCUUUUUAGUCAUGCAUAACAUAAUCCUUACCUAAUCCCUCACUAAGCCAACCUCGGCGACCAGUCGGCGUGAGUGGAUUUGGCAGCUUCCCCGCCUCGCCGCGUAUUCCGCUGCCCCGCAGACUCACUCGCCUUUAACUGAUCAAACCUCAGCCUGGUUGAUCUCUGCCGCGAUUUCCGCUUCUUGUUGGCUCUGUUCCGCUGUUGUUCUGAUACAAGUACUGCGGAAGAUCGUUGGAAGAGCAAGAGUUGCAUUACAAGAAGAAGAACUGUAUUAAAAAAGCCUUUUGACUCCCUAUUUCCCUCAUCUGCCCACCUGCGCAGCUUAGAUAUCUCGACUUUUGCACAUCUACACAUACACAGCACACCAUGGCUCCUCUAUCUGGCGCAGACAUCGCAAAGCACAACAGCAAAGACUCGUGCUGGGUCGUCGUCCACGGCAAAGCCUACGACGUGACCGAGUUCCUUCCCGAGCACCCCGGUGGCCAGAAAAUCAUCCUCAAAUACGCCGGCAAAGAUGCCACCAAGGAGUUUGACCCCAUCCACCCCUCCGACACUCUCGACAAGUACCUCCCUGCCGCAAAGCACCUCGGCCCCGUCGACAUGGGCACCGUCGCCGUCGACAAGACCGAAGAAGUCAUCGACGACGCCGAGCUCGCGCGACUCGAGCGCGUCAAGCUCAUGCCGCCGGUGUCGCAGUGCUACAACCUUCUCGACUUUGAAGACAUUGCCCGGCAGACCAUGAAGUCGACCGCAUGGGCAUACUACUCGUCCGGCGCCGACGACGAAAUCACCCUCCGCGAGAACCACGCCGCUUACCACCGCAUAUGGUUCCGUCCCCGGGUGCUGGUCGACGUCGACCAGAUCGACCUCUCGACCACAAUGCUCGGCUGCAAGUCCUCGGUGCCGUUCUACAUCACCGCGACAGCGCUCGGCAAGCUCGGCAACCCCGAGGGCGAGGUCGUGCUGACGCGCGCCGGCCACCGCGAGAACGUGAUCCAGAUGAUUCCGACGCUGGCCUCGUGCUCGUUCGACGAGAUCGUGGACGCCAAGCAAGGCGACCAGGUGCAGUGGCUGCAGCUGUACGUGAACAAGGACCGCGAGAUUACAAAACGCAUCGUGCAGCACGCCGAGAAGCGCGGCUGCAAAGCGCUCUGGAUCACCGUCGACGCGCCCCAGCUCGGCCGGCGCGAGAAGGACAUGCGCUCAAAGUACGACGAGCAGGCGGCCCAGGUGCAGUCCGACGAAGGCACCGUCGACCGCUCGCAGGGCGCGGCCCGGGCUAUCUCGUCGUUCAUCGACCCCUCCCUCAGCUGGAAGGACAUUCCCUGGUUCCAGAGCAUUACCAAGAUGCCGAUCGUGCUCAAGGGCAUCCAGCGCGCUGAGGACGCAAUCAAGGCGGUCGAGUACGGCGUCGACGCCAUCCUGCUUUCCAACCACGGCGGUCGCCAGCUCGACUUUGCCAAACCCUCGAUCGAGGUGCUCGUCGAGGUCAUGGCCGCGCUCAAGCAGCACGACUACCAGGACAAGAUCGAGGUCUUUAUCGACGGCGGUGUACGCCGCGGCACCGACAUUAUCAAGGCACUUUGCCUGGGCGCAAAGGGCGUCGGCAUCGGCCGUCCGUUCCUGUACGCGAUGUCGACCUACGGCGAGACCGGUGUCGUGCGCGCGAUCCAGCUGCUCAAGGACGAGCUCGAGAUGAACAUGCGUCUGAUUGGCGCCACCAAGAUCAACGAGCUCAAUCCUUCGUUUGUGGAUGUGUCGAGCGUGAGCGCGCAUACGAACGUGCCGGUCGACAAUCUGUCGAACCAGGCGUACGACAAGCUGAUGACGCCGCCGUUCAAGUCCAAGUUGUAGAUUAGUUUGUGUUGUUUGUUUUAUUCUAUUGUAAUUCCGUUGUUUUUAAUUCUCUAUACACAAAUACACCUACAAAUAUACAAAAGAUGCAUUACAGUCCAGGGGUUACCAAAACGGGAACUGCUCGACUGACUCCCGCAGCAGCCCCGCCGCAU